UCGUCCCAGGCUGCGCCUCACAGCCCCAGAGCGUGUGGCAGCUUCAAGUCGCGCCGGGACAAAGAUGCCCCGCAGCAGCCUGCACGCGACUGCCGUCCUCCUGCUGGUGAUCCUCAAGGAGCAGCCUUCCAGCUCAGCCCCCCUGAACGGAUCCAAGUGGACCUAUGUUGGUCCUACUGGCGAAAAGAACUGGUCCAAGAAGUACCCGUCAUGUGGGGGUCUCCUGCAGUCCCCGAUAGACCUGCACAGUGACAUCCUCCAGUAUGAUGCCAGCCUCGCACCUCUCCAGUUCCAAGGUUACAAUGUGUCUGUUGAAAAGCUGUUGAAUCUGACCAAUGAUGGCCAUUCAGUGAGACUGAAUCUGAACUCCAACAUGUACCUCGAGGGCCUCCAGCCCCACCAGUACAGGGCGGAGCAGCUGCACUUGCACUGGGGGAACCGCAAUGACCCCCAUGGCUCUGAGCACACCGUGAGCGGGAAGCACUUUGCUGCUGAGCUGCACAUUGUCCAUUAUAACUCUGACCUGUACCCUGACUUCAGCACCGCCAGUGACAAGCCAGAAGGCCUUGCUGUCCUGGCUGUUCUCAUUGAGAUAGGCUCUGCCAACCCGUCAUAUGACAAGAUCUUCAGUCAUCUUCAAUAUGUUAAGUACAAAGGCCAGCAAGUGUUCAUCCCAGGCUUCAACAUUGAAGAACUUCUGCCCGAGAGCCCUGGCGAGUACUACCGCUACGAAGGCUCCCUGACCACACCUCCUUGCUACCCUACCGUGCUCUGGACAGUUUUCCGAAACCCUGUGCAGAUUUCCCAGGAACAGCUGCUGGCUUUGGAGACUGCUCUGUAUUUCACAAACAUGGAUGAUCCCACCCCAAGAGAAAUGGUCAACAACUUCCGGCGGGUCCAGAAAUUUGAUGAGAGGCUGGUGUAUAUCUCCUUCCGACAAGUAGAAAACCUUACCGACACAGGACUGAGUUUGGGCAUCAUCCUUUCAGUUGCCCUGGCUGGUGUUCUUGGCAUCUCCAUUGUCUUGGCAGUGUCCAUUUGGCUCUUCAAAAGGAAGAAAAGCAGAAAAGGUGACAACAAGGGAGUCAUUUAUAAACCAGCCAUCAAGAAGGAGACUGAGGCCCACGCCUGAGGUCCCUGGCACCCUCAGACAUCCAAGGAAGGACCUUGCUUUGGACAUGCUUUGGCUCUCUGGACACUUGAAAUACCUCAAGGUGUUCUCUCGAGCUCACCUGUAUUCCCUUCCCCCAGCCUCUUGGGAGGCUCCCAGCUGGGCCUCCCCUGUUCUGCUGUCACAGCCCCCCCCCCCCCGGUGACCAGGGAGUGGGAUGAACUGAACCAGGGGUCAGGAGCAUUGAGUGAACUUCUCCAGCUGCAUGAGAUAGCUGAAGAUUCUAAACCUGACCUGUUGGUGGGCUACUAUGGUGUGGAAAACGCUUGUAUCCUAGAUUCUGUCUGGUACAUUUCUAGUGUCCUGAACAUUCUAGUUAUUCCCAACCUUCCAGACUAGAACAUGCACCCUUUGCUCAGGUGAUACUUUUGAAACUCAGCCUCAUUUCUCAGGGAGGAGUUAUCUUCCUUGGAUUUCCUUCUGCUCUAAAAGACCCUCUGGCCUGACCUUACACCUAUGGGGAAGAGUUGAGACUGGAAACAUCAUAUUAUCCAAAAGAAAGGAAGACUAUAAUAUAUUAGGGCAUUUUCACAGUCCUGUCUUUUGGGAUAUCGACACUGACCAAACCUUACAGCAAAGCAUGCUCAAGUUCUAUUUCUUAGUGGGUAAUGAAAAGGAGACAGAGGGGAAACAGGAUUGGGGGGUAUACGUUGCCCACAAUUCUUUCUUUGCAGUCAGAACUGGAGUCAAGAUAUCCAGUAUGAGAAAAACAGUCCAAGUUACUGCCUACUUAGCCUCAGGAGGGCAGUUAUGCUUUCUAGUUCACUCCAUUACUUGAAAACGAAUUGCUUCCUCUCUCCUGGAGUAGAUGUGAGCUUUGGAAUGAUCUACUUCUGUUUUGAACCCAUGGGAAGCAGACAGAAGCAAGAAUACUGGGCAGAUUUGCCUUUUUUUCCCAAAUGUCAAUUCUACCUUGUCUGAUAUCCUUACUGCCCGCUCAGUAUAAGGACUGUCUUCUCCUCCGGCUGAGGGGAAAUCUAGAUAAUGUUUAGCUAAAAUCUAUUUUCAUCCUGCCAAAGCAGGAAGCUAUCUUUGUAGAGCCAAACCAGGUCCCGGUACUUAACUACCAAAGCCAACAGAAUGUUUCUAAGAUCCUCCUUGUUCUUCCCACUCUGUCACAUAGUUUCUGAGAAUACUCCAUCCCUUCUUCAUGCUCCUCCCACAGAAGUGAGAACCCUGUAGAGAGCAGUCAGUUUCAUGGCUCAAAAGAAGCCUCAGCCACCGGCCCCUAAUUGCUAGUUCCUUGUAAUUCAUAGGGAGUUCUCUGAUUAGUCUCAUUUUGACAGCAUAGAAUGUCCUCUUGAAGCACAAGUUAAUAUAUAUUUUUUCUUCUACUCCUUCCUCUGUGUUGAUAAAAAUCCCUUUUUCUACUAUUGCAACAUUUCUCAGUAGCAAGCCCUGUGUCUUUGUAGCAUAAUUCACUUGGGCAAGGUUACAGGUGACCUGAUGGGGGCUCAGCUGUGUGUGCAGGAUAUGUGCAUGCACAUAAAAUCUGACAGCCUUUGAGUCUGGGUGCCACCCUAGCCUUGAGACCAACAUGCCUGAUGGCAUCACCACAGUAAGGAUAAGCCUCAAGAAGGAGCAACACAAUUUAAGUGGCUUCCUGACCCUGGUCCAGAAUCAUCAGCCAGAAACUAAUAUAAAGUGCUCUGGGACAGCAAUACUGUCUCAAAGAACUAUGCAUGGACGAGUUAUGCACAGCAAGGUCAUCCUACCUGGCAUGAAGACUGGUCAUAAAAGGAGAGGCGCUAGGAGGUGAAAGCAGUGGCAUUUAUCCUUCCCUCUUCCCCUUCAGCAUGGUCCAGGCAUUCAGUCCUCGUUCGAUCCUCAUGGCUGAGCUGAAACAAAGCCAAGGAGCCAGAAAGAGCGCUCCAAGAAGCAGCGCUGUCAACCUUUAACCCUUGAAGAUGCAGCUUUCUUCCAACUCCCCGUCAUUCUGUGGACGCCUGGCCACCACCGAGGGAAACCAGUGCUCUGGUAUAUGGUGCACAGCUCACCUUGCUCUCCUUAACUCAGCUGUGCGAGGUGGAAGGUGGGUGCCUAAGAGAGCCAGGGUGGGCACAGGGUUGGCCACAUGGCAGGUAGACAUAACCAACACAAGGCACGGGCGGCCGGGGGCAUGCUCUGGGGACACAAGGAAGGUUCUGGCUUCACGGUCUUUCCUCUGCCACUAACUGGAGAAUUUGAGUUUCUCUGUUCUUUCUUUAGUAUCCAUCUUCGCUUAUAGUAAAUCCUGCAUCCCUGGCUUUAAUAGACAUUCUAGAAUUUGCUGCACUGACUGUCUUGAUCAUGUUUCUAUUCCUCUCCCUCUCAAUACUCUUCGAAGGCCUCCUGAUCGGCCCUGAGGAAGUGCUAGGGGUUGACAGUAUCCCUGGGUCCCUGUGCCUCAGCCCAUAGGUCAUUAUGAUGAUAGUCUGUUUAGCACUUCCAUAUUUAUUGUACCAAUGAUUGUAAUGAAGACAUACACUGAAAAUA